AUGGGAGAAGCUAUCAACUGGGAUAUGAACGAAGCAGAGAUAGGGAUCAAGUGUGGCUCGCUGAUCAACUGGCCACAUUGCGAACAGGAAGCACCUCAGGGGCAGGGUCGUCUGGACCAAUUUCUGGUGAAACAGUCGCCCACCUCAGUCGUAAUUUCAAUUGCAAGCGAGAAAGAGCUAUUGCAAGGUCAAACAGUUUACCUUCUCGUAAAAUUCAACCAUGACAAGAGGAAGGAGGAAGCAGAUUACCUUUCCCGAGAAUUUAGCUACGUUCAGUUCGAUGCUAAAAGAAACAAGUAUUUUGCAGCAGACAAGUUGCAUAUAACGAAGGAAAAGCAAGAAUGGCUAGCAUCUCGAGCUAAGGACGUAGUAGUGAUUACUCCCUCCUUGGAUGAAGCUGAGGUACUUCCACUUUAUCGCCUGAAAAAUCUGUUCUCUCAUUUUCCAAAAACAGCUCAUGUCUUCCCACAAGGAUUUACUGAUCUGAAAAGUGAUGAGUCCAUCUCUCGCUGCUCGGAAGAAGAGCAGGUUUUUGCCGUGAUGAAACGUUCGCCUGGUUUUGACAACCUCUGUGACACCGACAUCGUUUAUUUGGAAAAGACAUCUAUAGAAGAUGUUUGCUAUCAAGAGGAUAUACUUCAGCAGAUUGAUAAUGAGCCCGAAAGUGUGCCGAUGGAAUUAGAUGGUGUAUACGAACCCCAGCUUAUGGAUAUUGAUGCCGAUGUACCUACGACUUCUGACGGAAGAGGUAAUCACGGUUUAGUACAUUAUUGUCGGGAAAUUAUUCGCAAACAAGAAAGGAGUCAGCUGACUAUCGACAGGCUUCUGCAGGGAGAAGAAAGCCUACAAAAGCCUGUGUUGUAG